CCAGCGGGGACCGCGCGCGCCCCGGGAGAUGCGGAGCCGCGGCGGCUGCGGCGCGAGCGGCGCGACAGCACCGGCCCCCGCGAGACGAUAGCCCUUGUUUCACUUUGGUCCGCCAUGGAGCCUUUCUGUCCGCUCCUGCUGGCAAGUGUUAGCUUGCCCCUCGCCAGGGCUGGCAAGAGCAACGAGACCACCCCAGCGGAGAGCAACUGGACCAGCACGACGGCAGGACCCCCGGACCCCGGCACCUCCCAGCCCCUGCUCACCUGGCUGCUGCUGCCGCUCCUGCUCUUCCUCCUCUUGCUCCUCCUCGCCGCCUACUUCUUCAGGUUCCGGAAGCAGAGGAAAGCGGCGGUGAACAGCAACGACAAGAAAAUGCCUAACGGGAUCCUGGAAGAGCAAGAGCAACAGCGGGUGAUGCUGCUGAGCAGGUCCCCUUCCGGCCCUAAGAGGUACUUCCCCAUCCCCGCGGAGCAGCUGGAGGAGGAGAUCCGCGUGCGCGCCGCGGAUGACUGCAAGCGCUUCCGAGAGGAGUUCAAUUCGUUACCAUCGGGACACAUACAAGGAACUUUUGAACUGGCAAACAAAGAUGAAAACCGAGAGAAAAACAGAUACCCCAACAUCCUUCCCAAUGACCGCUUCCGGGUGAUUUUGAGCCAGGUUGAUGGGGUUCCCUGCUCAGACUACAUCAACGCUUCCUACAUAGACGGUUACAAAGAAAAGAAUAAAUUCAUAGCAGCUCAAGGACCUAAGCAGGAGACGGUGAAUGACUUCUGGAGGAUGGUGUGGGAGCAGAAGUCAGCCACCAUCGUCAUGUUGACCAACCUGAAGGAGAGGAAGGAGGAAAAGUGCUACCAGUACUGGCCGGACCAGGGCUGCUGGACCUACGGCAACAUCCGCGUGUGUGUGGAAGACUGCCUGGUGCUCGUGGACUACACCGUCCGCAAGUUCUGCGUUCAGCCGCAGCUGGCCGAGGGCUGCAAAGCCCCUCGGCUGGUCUCCCAGCUGCACUUCACCAGCUGGCCGGACUUCGGAGUGCCUUUCACCCCCAUCGGGAUGCUGAAGUUCCUGAAGAAAGUGAGGACCCUCAACCCCUCCCACGCCGGCCCCAUCGUGGUGCACUGCAGUGCGGGCGUGGGCCGGACGGGCACCUUCAUCGUGAUCGACGCGAUGAUGGACAUGAUCCAUUUGGAACAGAAGGUGGACGUCUUUGAGUUUGUGUCUCGCAUCCGCAACCAGCGGCCUCAGAUGGUACAGACGGAUGUGCAGUACACGUUCAUCUACCAGGCCUUGCUGGAGUACUACCUCUACGGCGACACGGAGCUAGACGUGUCCUCACUGGAGCACCACCUGCAGACGCUGCACAGCACCACCGCCCACUUCGACAAGGUUGGGCUGGAGGAGGAAUUCAGGAAGCUGACGAACGUCCGGAUCAUGAAGGAGAACAUGAGGACAGGGAACUUGCCCGCCAACAUGAAGAAGGCUCGAGUCAUCCAGAUCAUCCCCUAUGACUUUAAUCGGGUGAUCCUGUCCAUGAAGAGAGGCCAGGAAUACACGGACUACAUCAACGCGUCCUUCAUCGACGGCUACCGGCAGAAGGACUACUUCAUCGCCACGCAGGGUCCGCUGGCACACACAGUGGAGGACUUCUGGAGGAUGGUGUGGGAGUGGAAGUGCCACACGAUCGUGAUGCUGACCGAGGUACAGGAGCGCGAGCAGGAUAAAUGCUAUCAGUACUGGCCUUCCGAGGGCUCGGUUACUCACGGAGAAAUAACCAUUGAAAUCAAGAGCGACACCCUGUCGGAAGCCAUCAGCGUGCGGGACUUCCUGGUCACCUUCUGUCAGCCCCUGUCCCGCCAGGAAGAGCAGGUCCGCGUGGUGCGCCAGUUCCACUUCCACGGCUGGCCCGAGAUUGGAAUCCCCGCGGAGGGCAAGGGCAUGAUCGACCUCAUCGCGGCCGUGCAGAAGCAGCAGCAGCAGACGGGCAACCACCCCAUCACGGUGCACUGCAGCGCGGGAGCCGGGCGCACGGGCACGUUCAUAGCCCUCAGCAACAUUUUGGAGCGAGUGAAAGCAGAGGGACUGUUGGAUGUAUUUCAGGCUGUGAAGAGCUUACGGCUGCAGAGACCACACAUGGUGCAAACCCUGGAACAGUAUGAAUUCUGCUAUAAAGUGGUACAAGAUUUUAUUGAUAUAUUUUCUGACUAUGCUAAUUUCAAAUGAAGAUUCCUGCCUUAAAAUAUUUUUUAAUUUAAUGGUCAGUAUAUUUUGUAAAAAUCAUGUUAAUUUAUUUCAUAGUGGACAUUAAUAUCCUUCCUAAUUUCUUUGUAUAUAUUUUUAUGUUUUAAAGGUCAUCUGCUAUAGUUAUUAAAUCAUAAAAUACUUUUUAAAAAUUGGAAUAAUGUAUUAAGGCCCCACAAGACACAUUUCUGCUACUAUCAGCCAACGUCUUAAUUCCUCAUGCAAGCCUGUCCUGUGAUGUCUAGAUGUCAUCUUCCCUAAGAUGACAACUUGUGCUCAUGCAACACACCAAACCAUGUCCCUUGUUUAAAAAAAAAAAAAAAGAUCGAGGACUUGGAAAUGGGGUCAGAAUUUACUUUCAAUCCCUGAGUUUAUAACUGAACGACAACAGAAAGCAAUGCAAGCAGGAGCUUUUAUAAAAUUCUAGGUUUCAACCGUAUUAUCAGUUGUAAAGAUCACAGACUGCCCAGGUGAAAGGGAAGACAGAGAAGGCGGAAGCAGGUCUUCCCACCCACGUGGGCCUGGGGCAGUACCACCUGCCAGCCAGCCUUCUGUGGGAUUCAGACAGACUUCCCUGUGUUCCUUGCAUUGGGCCCAGCUGCCUGUGCUGGCCUUGAGCGAGGCCCGCUGAAACCACGUCCCAUGCAGAUCUUCAGGGGAAGAGUCUGAGCAUGCCGACCCAGCCAGCCAGCACACAUUCGGAUAGGAUGGCUAGAACCAGCGAAUCUUAAUGUAAAUUUUCAGAGACGCAUUUUGGUAUUUACUUAGUUUUCUUACAAUAAAGCUAAGAGGACUGUAAGAAAAUAAAUCUGAAAACUCUAGAUUUGUACAGUUCGGAAAGAUCCCACUUUCCAGUGAGGAGUCCUUCAUGGUGAAGGAUCCAUCUUAGUUUUGGAUGGCAAUCCUGAGACAUUUGACAUGGGAAGUAACGAUGCUGUUGUCAGAGCUGGCUUCAGCCAGAGGGAGAGAAGGAGGGAGGGAGGAAAGAAGGACAGAAAGAAAAAUGGAAGAAAGAAAAUGGAAGAAAGGGCGAAUGUAAGAAUGUUUCAUUCAAUAGCAUGUCUUUCUGUGGGCAUUAAAUAUCUAGCAGAUGAGCACAAUGUGAAAGACAGUCUAACUUACUAAAGGUAUUGAACAUGUGUAGUUCUGGGUAUUUUUUUUUUUUCCAUUUUAAAAGAUACACAAAUGCGAAAGCCUUAUUUGACAUUUUCCUUGAGAGCUCAUCUCUCCGGCCUGUUUUUCUCUGCACCCCUGAUGGCUGAUAGUGUGUGUGGGUGCAACCCAGGGUCAAGUGCUGCCCUCCAGACGCACAAGUCACCCAACUUCUCCGCUGCCCCGCUGGAUCCCAGCCUUUCCAAGGGGAAGAGCUGUCACAGACAAAAGCACCCUUGGUGGUUGGGCCAGGACUGCCGGCCAUGGCCUGGGCUUGCCUCUGCCAGAUCCAUCUCCCCUCUGUGGACGUUGAGUGGGUAUUUCUGGAGCAAAGUGCAAGGUGCUUCUCCCCAGCCACCAUCUGGUCCCAUCUAUGUCUGUGCUAACCUCCCCAGCCUAGAGCCUUUCUCUUGGACUGACGAGGAAGAGGGGGCCGCUAGCUUCCACCCAGCACUUGAAGCCCACUCGGGUUGAGAGGACUGCAGCUUUUACACUGGUCAUUUAUUUGGGAUGCUGAAGUCCAAAUUUCAGCGCUGGUAGUCAAAAAUCCUUGAAGCCCGUUAAAGUUCUACUUUGCAUCUCUUGUAUCAAGAAGUGCAUUUAGUAGUACUUUUUCGGAGCCGUCCUCAGGAAAGUGCCCCCUUUGUGUCUUUUCUUUUUCCCUGCCAUCAUGACAGUCCCAGGUGCCCACUGCUGGGCUCUGCCUGUCCCUAAAUUCAUCCCCUCCCAGAGACCCAGGGCCCCUCUGCAGCCCUGACUGCUCAGCCUCUGCCAAGGCCAAGGCCACCAGCCUGCCUCCUGGGCUGAAGAGCAGCUGAGUGCACAGCGGUUCAUAGACAGAUGCGUGCAGAUGCGUGCCGGGCAUCUGCCCUGUGCCCCGGGGCACGUUCAUCCCUCCUCUUGUCAGAGAAAGUGGGGCAUAAGGCAGCCAUUCCUUUCUCCAGUCUGUCUCUGUUGCAUGCAGUUGUAAUUCAAUGCUGAAUAGCGAUCAGAAGCUGAGCUUGCUGAUUGGGACAGUUCCCUGGUCACCGUGUGACUUACGUUACUCUCUCCAUGUGCUAGAGGCAAGAAUGCACACCUGGGUUUUCAAAGGUAUUUUUAUGUGUUUUUAAAAACUUUUUUAAAUGAGCCUGAUCCCUGUGUUUUAGCAUUUGGAGACAUGCCCAUUUUUAAAACAAAACAUGUUUACUGAUAUAUUUUUGUUUAACUAAGCUGUGUUUAAUUUAUGUGCAGUCUUUAUCUGUCUUAUGGUCCCCACUCUCAUGUUUUUCUUUAUUCCAUUUAUAAUUUGAUCUUGCUCUGAUUAUGACAGUGAAUGUUGCUUUAUACUUUGCAUAUGCAAAUCGCAAGAUCUAAAACAUUCAGAUGUAAGAAUAAACCUUCACUUUGACUACCA